AUGAAUACAGUAUUGAAAUUUCAAAGAUAUUCAUAUGUCAGAUGCUAUUCAUCUACCCCAAUAAGGUUUAUGAAACGUAAGAUGUCAAGUGAUACAGAGCAUAUUUUCAGAUCACUGCCUAGAGUCCCCACGACACAGUUCCUAGAAUCAACGACUUUGACAAAUGAUAUUUUGUUUAGUGGAUAUAGACCAAUUACUUAUCCAGUAAAGGAAAACCCAUUGUUUAGAAAUACUGGAAACACAAAGAAUAUAUUUGGCCAAGAUCUGGUGAAUGCAGAAAGCAAUAGCAAUGACGCAUCCUUACUACAGGAACAUGACAAAAAUAUAACCAGCCAAGAAUUCAAUACAUUAUCUGGUGAUAGAGGCACUGGUGGAAUAAAAUCUGGUGGCGUGAAUGGCACUUGGAGAUUUAAUCCAAGAGUACCUUCAAAAUUAUUGCCUUAUAGCUGGUGGUCUACUUCAAUUAUGGGUAUGGAGUAUUAUCCAGAAUGGAAAAACAUCCCUCGUAAAGUAGUCAAAGAUUUGAAACCUUACCAACUAGUAGAUAAGGAAUAA